ACGGCAUUUACAGUUUCUUACCGCGACUGACAUCCACAGCGCGUGUAUUGAUUGUACCGCAGUGGUUUGAUACGCUACAGUACCUGUUACCCGCUCCUUGUUCCCUGUACCAUUUAAGUACCGCUGCCGUACGCAACCACACACAUUACAAGCUCCAAUUCUGCUCCUCCUGUGUUCUUUUUUUCUCACCAACCAUCAUCAUUCUCUCUUCUAAUCCUCUCAGACCUCACCUCAGUAUUGACCACAAUCUCAUUUUACUACUUAACUAUUCACUUCAUAUCACGCAUCCUACUGCUUAUUCUACUUUUGCCAGCUCCUACAACCUCUAUGCACGCGUGAAGACUCCUGGAGUGGCUCUUGGCACUAUUACUGCGCGAAAGGAGCACCAAACACUUUAGACUCGCACCCCAUUUCUACUUCGAAAUAUAUAGGCUUCGUGAAUACCAAGGCGUUGCUCUGGUUUUCCAGGGUUGUUUCUUCGACAGUCACAACAAACUCCCAUCCGCCCCUCUCAAAACAACGACCCUUUUUUCCCAUGAGAUUUUUAUCACAACUGAACGAGUAGCAAUUGUGACUGUUGCACGUAACGCCAUUCUUAGUUCUUAGAAAUCCAAUUCACUUCGACGCGUUCCUCGUAACUCUUCACACCGCACAGGAUGCCACCUGUACGGUCUCUUCGCCAACGAGGCGUCACAAACGAAAAUGACGAAAAUGCCCCCACGACACGUUUAACACGGGCAAAGGCUGCUGCCCUUGCCGUGCCAGACACUCAUGGAGCAAUAACAAAACCUCUACAAUCGAAGAAAUCUGCAGCCAAUACUUCCAAUGCUGCCACACAACGGCAUCGCCCUGCCCUGGGAGAUGUUAGUAAUAUGACAAAGGUAGAUAACGUGGAGGCCAAAGAGGGAAAGAAACCAGCUACCUCGCGCGUUGGUUUGACUUCGAAGGCUUCCACACACAGCGCAGGAGUUCAGAAGCUUAGUCGAACAAACACAACACGAUCUGCCCUGGGUGUGAAGGACACCAACAAACAACGAGAAACAACUGAGAUAAAACGCCCGGGUAGUGGUUCUGGUGUUUUGGGAGGUACACAAACGAAGCGUCAAUCAGGCAAAAAAACCGCCCGAACAGAAGCCGCCAGUGCUGUUGAGGAGCCACCUCGAAAAAAGGUUGAUAUUGAGAGGAAGGUCGAAAUUGAGAAAAUCGAGAACCUCGAGAAAGAGAAGGAGCCUGUUUUGAAAGGGGCUCGCGGUGAAAAAGAGGUUGUUUUGGAGGAAGAGGAAGACGAGGUCUUGGACCUCGACACCGAAGACCUUUAUGAUCCUUUAAUGGCGGCUGAAUAUGUCGUUGAGAUCUUCGACUACCUGAAAGAGAUUGAGCCCCAGACCAUGCCCAACCCAGACUACAUCGACCAUCAGGAAGAACUCGAGUGGAAAAUGCGUGGUAUUCUUGUUGACUGGCUCAUCGAAGUCCACACCCGUUUCCGUCUCCUCCCUGAAACUCUCUUCCUCACCGUCAAUAUCAUCGAUCGCUUUUUGUCCGCCGAGGUCGUCGCGUUAGACAGACUUCAGCUUGUUGGAGUUACCGCUAUGUUUAUUGCUGCCAAGUAUGAAGAAGUCCUCUCACCUCAUGUCGCCAACUUCAGCCAUGUCGCCGACGAAACCUUCUCGGAUAAGGAGAUUCUCGACGCUGAAAGACACGUCCUCGCAACCCUCAAUUAUGACAUCAGCUACCCAAAUCCAAUGAACUUUCUGCGAAGAAUAUCCAAGGCAGAUAACUAUGACAUCCAGACGCGAACUCUUGGAAAGUACUUCUUAGAAGUUAGUUUGCUGGAUCAUAGGUUUAUGCCUUACCGACAAAGCCAUGUUGCCGCUGCCGCCAUGUAUCUAGCACGCCUGAUCCUUCACCGGGGCCCUUGGGACGCGACACUUGCACAUUAUUCUGGCUACACGAAGGAAGAAAUUCUCCCUGUUUUUCAAUUGUUGGUUGACUACCUUCACCGUCCCGUAUCCCAUGAGGCGUUCUUCAAGAAAUACGCCAGCAAAAAAUUUAUGAAAGCUUCAAUUGUUACCCGCCAAUGGGCAAAGAAAUACCAUUCUCUCUACCUGGAUACCGAUACUGCUUCCUCGAGGGAGAGCAGCAGCAAUACCAAGUAUAGUCGAUAGUGACACGAAGAGUCAGGCCCACUGUUAUAUGCUAUGAUUGUGAUAUAAAAUUUAUUCUCGCGCCUCAACCUGUAUGUAUUUCUGUCUGGACGGCCGGCGCUCACUUGCUUCAUUUCCUCAUUUUUGGGUCCCUUUUCUCGAGUUUAUGACGGAGUAUAUAUAUAUGUGGGUGCAUUUUUGUUAUGAUGGCAUCGUUAUCACUCCUCGCUGAUUAUCUACUCUCCUCCCCACCCUCCCCCCAUUCCCCCAACACUCUCUCACCUCUUCAUCUUCCGUUCGGUGCCCUAGGAUUCCUUUUGAUAUUGUUGUUUGUUUGUGCUUGCAUGUCUAUUUACUCUCGUUCCCGCUAUUAUCUUUCUCAGGUGUGACGAAACGAAAGGACACCGUUCGCAAUUCUAACCUUCGCCCCUAAUUUUGGGGGGAUUUUUUUGGAGCUUCUCACUUGUUUCAUUUCUCUUGCCACCGGUGUUAGAACAUGUGUCAGGGUUUGGAAAGCAUCUUUGCCGUUUUUCUUUUUCUUCGACUUCGUUUUAUUUUGCUACGCCCUAUAUUUGUUUAUUGCCCCUAUGUUCUUCUCGUUCUGAGGUUCUUUUUUCUUUCUCUUUUCUUUUCCUUGAUUUCUCCUUUUCUUCAUCCAAAGAAUAGUUUUUACGCUUAUAUUUGCUAUUUUGCUGCUGUUGCUCCUGCGUGAGCUUCAGUGUUUGUUUGAAGAGAAAAUCUCAUUUUUCUAUUUUAUUUAAAUUCUUAGGGGGCGCGUGUCCAGUUGCUUUUUCCUGGUUUAUUCACCAUGACGCGUUUGCUCUUAACUCUCCAAGGUCGGUACGGCGCUUGUCCUGUCUAUUUUAUUGCCGGUAAACGCUUUCCGGAACUUGCUUGCCUGAUGAUAUCUUAUCUCUAUCUCGACAUCUUGCCAUACUCCGCUAUCUUGCUUCCGGCGGCUCGCGUGCAGAGAUGUGCGUGAUGGGAUCUGACACAAGACAAGCAGGUAAGGGGGCAGUAGAGGAUACAGUAAGGGACACUAGGAGUAGUUUCAUGAUACCACCCAUCUUCUAUUACUAGACGCGUGGACGAUUUCAACUUAUCAUAUAACUAACUGGGGAUAUAAAAAUGAUCCUUGCCACCUUCACGCAAUCCCGGGUCACCAUCACUUCUUGAGUUAGAGGCCGUCAUUCAUCUAUCUAUUCACAUCAGCAUCGGCUUCGCCGGUCUGGCUGGGUCACUCAGUUACCCAUUGCCAUAGAUAACAUAUCUCGAACCGUAAUCUUUUUAUUAUUAUUUUCCCUGGGAUAUUACGCGCCUAAGAAGAUUCAAACAGAGCAUGGUUG